GACCGCCACCAGGAGCUAGUGCGCAAACUCACACUGGCGCUGCAUGACGGGCGUUGUAGUUUUACCGCCAAUUUGGCCGGAAGCUCUCGCCCGGGAGCUGGUGCGCAUGCUUGACUUGUGCGCUGCAUGACGGGAAUUGUAGUUUCAGGUCUGAAGUUGACCGAAGCAGAAGCGCGCAACCAAAGGUAUAAGCAGCGAUCCUAUAACAAGCGUUAUAUGAUCUCUGGAUACAAGAGCAAAUAUACUAGAUACUCCUCCAGCAUCUUCGUACUACAGCGCGCAACGGCAGUUUGUGGUCCGUAUCCUAGCAAUGGCGGCGGAGUCACACGGACUGAGGAGCAGGACAGCGUCGACCCUUACGCGGAGCAGAGGAUGAAGUUCCUGAGGGAGGUGGAGAAGAUCGGCCUCCGCUUGGACCACAACAUCACCGGUGACAAAUGGGCUGCGGGAGUGAUGUCCGGCGCGACGCGGUCCAAGGACAAGUACAUGAUUGUUAAAAUCUACGCACCCUUUCAACUUUUGAGCAAGACAGCCGAGAGGAUGAAACUGAAGAUGCCUUUGACUGAGGUUGUCAAAUUGGAAAGGAUGGGAUGCUUUCAGAGAUUAUUGGACCAUUUUAAAACGGAAACUGUCAUGAGCACUGUCAGUGCGCACUAUGAACAUGAGAAAAGACAUCUGUUUAAAGGAAUUGGAAAUGAGGAAACAUUUUUUCGCCCUGCACUGAGAUCUCUAAUUGUUCAAUACAUUCUUACAAACAUACCUAUAGAAUUUGGAGAGAAAGAUGUGGAAGGCAAACAACGCUUUUCAAGGAACAUGCCUGCUCUACCGUAUCUUCUUUUGAAAAAGGCAUUCAGAUCUUCUUUCAUCCUGCACGACAGAGAAAAUUUGCAAUCUGAAGAGGAUUCCAGUCAACCUUCACCGCAAAAUAUUGAUCUUAAAACUGUUGGACCUACCGAUGCAAGGAUAGAGCUGAAUAAAUUGUGGGCAAACACCUACUUCAAGUUCCAGCCCCUUUGGAAAAUUCGAAAUUAUUUUGGUGAAAAAAUUGCGCUUUAUUUUGCUGUGAUGGAAACUCUUCUAAUUUCUCUGAUCAUUCCUGCAUUACUUGGUUUAGCUGUAUUUGUUUAUGGUCUUCGUUGCAGUAUAAAAUGUUACAAUGCCAGCUAUGAACUGGAUGAAACUUUUCGCGAACAGAACUACAAAGAGCUGUGUUCUUCGUCAAGUAAGAUGGCAAACAUUGUGAACAGAUCUGUUGAGAUAUUGAGAAGUGCAUGUGAUAACAUUGGUGGAAGGAGAAAAAUAAUUGAGAGGAGACUUAACACAACCUGUGCUACUACAUUCUGGGCCAAUGCAACAUUCCAAGAGUAUUCGGGCGAUUUCAUUACAAUACUUCAGUCUGCCUUGGAUAAUAAUGCCACACCAUGGUUUGGUCUUAUUGUUUGCCUGUGGGGAACGGUUUUUCUGGAACUAUGGAAACGGGUCAAUGCAAAAUUGGUGUACGGAUGGGAUGUUGACAACUUUGAAAAUGAUGAGCCAACCAGACCUGAGUUUUAUGGAACAUCUGUGAAAAAGAACCCAGUUACUGGUGAAGAUGAACCUUACUACCCAGGUACACUGAGGCGAGCAAAGAUGCUUCUUUCAUUUUUGGUGGGGAUGCUCAUGGUAAAUAUUCCUUACUAAUGGCUUUCAUUUCUUUCUUUUACUGAUGAAAUAUCUCCUUUAUCCCAACGCUUCCAAUCCCUCAUCAACGAGAUAGAUAAUUACCUGAUGAGGAUAUGUUCAGGAAGAGCUGCUACUUUGCAGCACCAGAGUCCUGGGUUUGAUCCUGACCUCGGGUGCUGUCUGUGUGGACUUUACACUUUAGACAUACAGUGCGGGAACAGACCCUUUGGCCCACUGAGUUCGCGCCGACCAACGAUCACCCCGUAAGCUCGCACAAUCCUCCACACUAGGGACAAUUUUACAACUUAUCAAAGCCAAUGAACCUACAAAACUGUGCAUCUUUAGUGUGGGAAGAAACCGGAGCACCCGGAGAUAGUCCACGAGGUCACAGGGAGAUCACAUGAACUCCGUACAGACAGCACCUGUAGCCAGGAUCCAAUCUGGGUCUCUGGCACUGUAAGGUUGCAACUCUACCGUUGUGUCACUGUGCCGCCUAAUGUGUGGAGAUUGCACGUUUCUAUGUGACUGUGUGGAUUUCCUCCGGAUGCUCCAGUUUCCUCCCACAUCCCAAGGACGUGAGCAUUUGUAGGUUAAUUGGCCUCUGCAAAUUGUUCAAAUGCAGAAACAA